UAAGCUUAAAACCUUCAUAAAACAAAAAAAUCUUCCUCCGAAGCAGCAGCUCCUCUUCAGUUGUUGUGCCGUCGUCCCGCCAUCAGAUCGCAAUCAACGAGUUCGGCUUGUAGGUAAUUAUCACAAUUGAAGAAAUGGCAGAGUCUACUCAGAUGGAAGUUGAGACUGCAACAGGAGGAACUGUGUCAUUGCCUCCUAAACCAACCUUCAAGCCUUUGAAAGCGCAUGAAAUGUCUGAUGGUAAAGUUCAAUUCAGGAAAAUAUCUGUACCACCAAACCGAUACUCGCCUCUCAAGAAAGCAUGGUUGGAUAUCUACACACCCAUUUACGAUCAGAUGAAGGUUGACAUUAGGAUGAAUCUCAAAGCCCGCAAAGUCGAGCUUAAAACCCGAGCUGACACUCCCGACAUCAGUAAUCUCCAGAAGUCUGCGGAUUUUGUACAUGCUUUCAUGCUGGGUUUUGAUAUCCCUGAUGCUAUCUCUCUUUUGAGAAUGGACGAGCUUUAUGUUGAGUCUUUCGAGAUCAAAGAUGUGAAGACUCUUAAAGGUGAGCAUUUGUCUCGAGCCAUUGGGAGAUUGUCUGGUAAAGGAGGGAAGACAAAGUUUGCUAUUGAGAACUCGACCAAGACGAGGAUUGUGAUUGCAGACACUAGGAUUCAUAUUUUGGGAGCUUUCUCUAAUAUUAAAGUCGCAAGGGGUUCACUUUGCAGUCUUAUUAUGGGAUCUCCUGCUGGGAAAGUUUACUCUAAGCUCAGAUCUGUCUCUGCUAGAUUGAACGAAUAGUUUUGAAUGGUGAUAUUUUGCAACAUUAACUUGAUUUUUCGAGUGAUCUUUGUAAUGAAAUUUUGAAGAAACAAAUGUUAUGGUGUUCUUUAUAAAAUUUGUUGUGGGAUGCAAAUUGUUAUUUGAAUGCUGAUGUUGCUAUGGAUUCUUUUGAA